GAAGGAAGGAUUGUCCAAGUGUGGAAGAUGUAAACAGGCCUUUUACUGCAAUGUGGAAUGUCAGAAGGAAGACUGGCCAAUGCACAGGCUAGAGUGUUCUGCCAUGUGUGCUUUUGGGCAGAACUGGAAUCCCUCUGAGACUGUGAGGCUAACGGCACGGGUCCUUGCCAAACAGAAAACUCACCCUGAAAGAACACAGUCAGAGAAGCUGCUUGCUGUAAAAGAGUUUGAAUCACACCUUGACAAACUAGACAAUGAAAAGAGAGAGCUGAUUCAGAACGACAUUGCUGCUCUUCAUCACUUUUACUCAAAGCACUUGGAGUACCCUGACAAUGCUGCCCUUGUAGUUCUCUUUGCACAAGUUAACUGUAAUGGCUUCACAAUUGAAGAUGAAGAACUCUCUCAUUUGGGAUCAGCUAUAUUUCCUGAUGUUGCAUUGAUGAACCAUAGCUGUUGCCCAAAUGUGAUUGUAACUUACAAGGGGACCUUGGCUGAAGUCAGAGCUGUUAGAGAGAUUGAGCCUGGAGAAGAGGUUUUCACCAGCUAUAUUGACCUGUUGUAUCCCACAGAAGACAGAAAUGACCGGUUAAGAGACUCCUAUUUCUUUAAUUGUGAUUGCAGGGAGUGCAUUACAAAAGAAAAGGAUAAAGAGAAACUGGAAAUCUGCAAGCUGGGUGAUCGUCCGUCGGCAGAGACAGUACGGGACAUGAUCAAAUACGCCAGGAACGUGAUCGAGGAAUUCAGGAGAGCCAAACACUACAAAUCUCCUAGCGAACUGCUGGAGAUCUGUGAGCUGAGCCUGGACAAGAUGGGUGCAGUGUUUGAGGACAGCAACGUUUACAUGUUACACAUGAUGUACCAGGCCAUGGGUGUCUGUCUCUACAUGCAGGACUGGGAAGGUGCACUGCGGUACGGCCAAAAAAUUAUCAGACCAUACAGUAAACAUUAUCCCUCCUACUCACUGAAUGUUGCCUCCAUGUGGCUGAAGCUGGGGAGGCUGUACAUGGCGCUGGAGAACAGAGCGGCUGGAGUUAAAGCUCUGAAGAGGGCAAUUGCUAUCAUGGAAGUAGCACACGGGAAAGAUCAUCCAUACAUUUCAGAGAUCAAAAAGGAAUUAGAGGAUCACUGAGCCUUUGAAUCUAUGCAAUCCUUCAAACCUUUAUUUUAAAAAGCCUUGUUAUGGAAACCUUCAGGAGUGCUUUGAAAACCGGUAGAGUACGAACACAGUUCUGUCCUAUAAUUGGAAUGACAAACACUUUUGGGCCUUGCAAAAUGUUCCUAGCUUCCACACAGCUACACAAUUGCCUUUUUUCAUUUAAGGAGGCAUCCAUGAUUUCUUACACAUUAGGCUUUUUGACAGAUUGUACAAAACUGGCCAUUUUUUCCUUUAUUGAUUUUAAUGUGUUUGUGUAAAGUAAAUAAAAUAGUCUUGCCCCCUCUUGA